AUGAUGAAAUCCAUACAAGCUUUUGUCAAUGAUUUCUUCCAUAAUGCUGAAAAUGAGGAUGAACGAGGAAGACAAGCGAGAAGGUCUAGUGUGGUCCAUAACGAUAUGGGAAUGCGAAUCAGGAAGAAAUCGAAUAAGAUACGAAAUGCACAUAAGCUGAGGCCGAAAGAACAUGGAAAUCGAAUUGGCAAGAUUAGUGGUGCUAGUAGGAAUGUUGCCCUAAGUAAACGAUAUACCAAUAAAAGUCAAAGAUCAUUUAGUACAUUUUUUAAAUUUAUUAAAUCGAUGUUUUCGAACGACGAGCAGAACUUACGGAGAUUAAAGAAUGAAUGUUCUAAUAUUUACGUUAAUAGUCCAAAUUUAGAAUCCAAGACUAAUGAAGAAUAUAGGAAGAUCAAAAAUAGAAUAGAAAGUAGUGAUGCAUUCAAGAGGAAGCUCAAUGAAUUAAAAUACGAUCGUACUCAAAUUGAAAAGAUAAGGAAAACUACGCGAUUAAACAAGCAUGCACGCUCUCCAAGGAAGAAUGGUGUUCUAGACGAUCGACUGAAACUAUUAAAUAAAGAGGUCCAAGACUUGAAGAGAAGGUUACAUGAUAAAUCAGUUGAAUUGGAGCUGGUAGAUGCUAGGUUGGAUACGGCUUUAAAAGAUAAUAAAUGGCUAAGGUCAAGAAUUGCUGAUAUGGAGCUUACUGAGGAGAAGGGAAGCAACAUUUCUCAGCAUAAGAUGCCUCAUAUUUCUACAAGUUUCAAAGAUUCACUUCAGUAUUCGAGUCCGACAAAAUUCAAACGUUAUGACAGCAACAUUUUGGAGUCUGACGAGAUCAAAGACAUACUUAAACAGUAUGGUGAUGAUAAGGACUACAAUUCAGAUGAUGAUACUGGAUCAUUAUCUCCAAUUCGAAUCGAUUACUCGAAGUAUUCUGGUACCUAA